GUUGCAGUUUAUGGACGACUGUGGCGCAUGCGCCGACCAGGAAGCCCUGGCCAGAGGUCGCUGCGCGCAGCGGGACAGGUGAGGGUCCGCAGUUGCUGCGGCGGCCAAGGGGGCUCCGCGGCGGGGGCGGCAAAGGGGCCAGAAGCCUUUUGUCCUGGGCGGGGCUCCUCGUCCGCAGGCGCGGGUUUCGGGACCUCGCGCAGCGCCCGCCUGGGCUGCCGCCGCUUCGCCUGCGGAGCGAGAUCGGGGGAAGCAGCAGCAGCAGCAGCAGCGAGCGCGCGGGGCUGUGGGGAACGGCGCUACCCAGCCCGCGCGCGAGGUGGAGGGCAGCGUGUUUCGUGGCAGAAACUCGCGGCAGGAAGGCUCGGCGCCCCUCCGCGGCCGCGCAAUCUCCGCCUUUCAUACCUCUACGGCCACGCGCACCUGCUGAGGCCGCCGCGCUGCCCCCUGGGAGCUGUAGUCCGCGCGCCUACCUGGGCGAGAGGCCGCCCGGCGGAGGGCGAAGGUCUGCCACGCGCCUGACCGCCCCCCCCCGCAGCCUCGGCCCUGGGGCGCCCUCCCCUCCCGUCAGCCCGGACGGGGACUGUGCUUGUUCUCUGGCCUUUCCCCCGAGGAGGCGCCGCAUCGAGCUCUCUCCCUCCUUGAUCCUCACAGCAGCCCUGCGGAGUAGGCCGGGUUAGGUCAGGGGUCAGAAAACACUUUCAGCAGGGGCCGGUCCACAGCCCCUCAGACCUGGUGGGGGGCCGGAAUAUAUUGGGGGGAAAAAUAUGAACGAAUUCCUAUGCCCCACAAAAACCCAGAGAUGCAUUUUAAAUAAAAUCACACAUUCUACUCAUGUAAAAAGACACUGAUUCCCGGACCUAUUCCUGGAUUGAGAAGGCAGUUGUGCCAGAUCCGGCCCCCGAGCCCCGGGCUAGGCCAAGAGGGAGCCAGUGGCCGGCUGGCCCAACUUCAUGGCUGAAUGGAGAUUGGCCCAUAGAAUCAGAAUGGUAGAGUUGGGAGACACCCCGAGGGACAUCUAGUCCAGCCCCCUUUAGUGCAGGGCUCUAUCCCAAGUCACAGUGCCACACUGGCUCUCAGAUAGGGUGUUAGGGGCUCAGCUCCAGAUUGCUGCCAUUCCAGGCGGAUGCUCUGUUCCAGCAACAUGGGGGGGGGGGGGCAACAGGUUGGUGAAGACUGCCCUAGAUCUGCAAGUGGCCCCAUUUUAUUCCCUUCAGAAAGUCUGCCUGUUCUCUUGGAGCCUAGCACUCUUUGCUGCAGCAGGUUACCCCAAUGGGGGAAGGCCCCAUCCCACCCCCCUCACUUAAUCUCCAUGCGAGGAAAAGCGCCACUUGCUCAUUUCUGCAUUAUAGCAGUGGAGUAGGGAGAAGGUUCUGGUAUAAGGAUUCGCUUCCUCUGUGGGUUUCAGGCUAUCUGUGCCAAGACCAAUCUUUUCCUUGAGGAAAAGAGAGAGCUGAUAGCUGCGGUGGGGUUUGGCAAAGGGGGGGCGGUCUGCCACUCCCAACUCUUCAAUUUUUGCUGCCUUUUUGCAGCUGGAAGAUUUUGGCCUCAUCCAUGCUGUCAUUUCAUGUGCAUAGUGAACUGCCGCUACUCUGUUGUCCAUACAUUCUUUUUUUAAAUUAAUUUUAUAAUGAAUGAUUUUAGAGUGUUGUUUGUGCUGUACUUUUGUACUGUUUUAUUGUUGUUAGCCACCCUGAGCCCGGCUUCGGCUGGGGAGGGCGGGAUAUAAAUAAAAUUUAUUGUUAUUGUUAUUAUUAUUUUAUAUUUAAUUUUUUAUUGGUUUUAUAGACUUAACAUAAAAUCCAAUUUAUACACUUCUCUUACCAAUUCAACUUUCUAUUCUUACAUUCAUUAUUCCCACUCCCCACAAAAAAAAUACUUGCUGCCUUAUACUCAAUACUUAUUACUAUACAUUUCUUUAUCUACUUUUUUUCUUACUAUCCUUCCAUUGCUUAUACUUCAAGACCUGCUCAUGAUUUCAUUUGGCUAGAGUAUUUCCCCCAUGAAAGGAAUUUCCAUUCUUCCAUAUACUUUUCUUCAUUUUGGUCUUUUAUUUUUGCCAUCAAUCUUUCCAUCUCCACAUAGCCUAUUAACUUCAAAAGCCAUUCCUCUUUUAUUGGUACCUUGCCUUCUUUCCAUUUCUGUGUGUACAGAACUCUGUCUGCUGUGGUUGCAGAUAUAAACAAACUGACCAUCUUUUUUUUAGGAUUUCUAAUCCUGUUAUUCCUAAUAAGACUGCUUCAGGCUUCUUGGGAAUAGUGAUUUAAUUUUUUUUUUUAAUUCAUUAUGUUUCGUUUUCCAGAAGCCUGUUGCUUUUUUACAAGUCCAUCACAUAUGGGAAAAAGUCCCUUCUGCCUGCUGGCACUUCCAACAUUUGCUCAACACAGUCUUGUACAUCUUGGCUCACUUACUCAGUGUUAGGUACCACCUGUAUAUCAUUUUCAUUAAUUUUCAUUUAAUGUAUAACAUGCUAUGAAUUUCAUAUCUACUUUCCAUAAUUUUUCCCAUGCUGCUAUAUCAAUAUUAUGACCCAAGUCCUUAGCUUAUUGCAUCAUUGUUGUUGUUUUUUUAAAUGAUAUUUAUUACUUUUUCAAAAUUUCCAACGCAGCACUACAAACAAAGAGAAAGAAAAAAAAAGGAAAAAAAAGAAAAAACAAUACGAAUACAAUACAAAAACGCUACAUGGACUAACAAAUCAAGCAAAAACAAACAAAAACAAUUUAAAAACACCUCAAACAUUUUCAAUAUCUUAUAUUUCAUUCACUUAUUUCCAGCGACUUCCUCACACCUCCCUUUUUGUAUUCCACUUCUAUUAUUUGUUUCAGCAAUUCCUUUCCAUCUUACUCUGUUUUCUGUUCUAUAAUUAUCUUAACACAUUCUUACCAUACUUUUCCUUUAAUUUUCUAUUAAUCUAUUUAUACUUAAUUCCUUAUGACAUUUCUACUAAAGCCAUGUAAUUUCAUUCCAACAUUUUUCUAACAUUCCUUAAUUUUACAAUAUUUCUAUAAAUAGUCUUUAAACUUUUUCCAAUCUUCUUCCACCGACUCUUCACCCUGGUCUCGGAUCUUGCCAGUCAUUUCCGCCAAUUCCCUAUAGUCCAUCAACUUCGUCUGCCAUUGUCCAACACUUCAGUGUUUUCAAGAAGCAGCCAUUCUCUCAACCAGCAAAAGGCAGAUGGUUCACAACGAAGUUUAAAGGUCUGGCAGGGCAGGUCCACCUCCUUCUUUAGCAUCCAUCAAUAUCUUAAGCUUAACUCGAGGCUUCCUGCCCUGCCAAACAACUCUAGGAGCAUCCCUCUGCCACCUCCUGAGACCCUCCAUCCCAUCCAGAGCUUGCAAUGUUUGAAACAAAAGCAACAUCCCCAGCAACAUAGCAGCCCUCAUCCCCACCACAAUGACUCGGCCCAACAGUAACAACUUCUGAUUUGUCCAUAUUUCCAAAUCCCCCUUCUCUUCAAUCCAACAUCCUUCACAGUUGUCCUUAAGCAGAUUCACAUUUUUGGCGGUCAUACUAACCCCCAAAUACCUCUCUUUCUCAACCAAUGUUAGUCCUGUCGCCUCCUGAAACUCUGUCAGGCUUUCCUUUUCCAGUUCAGAUAGGGCUCUGGUCCUCAAAUUCAUCUGUUCUUAUUUAAGUUCAAUCAUAACGAAUGUCAGCUUAUGUUCAUCAAGUUGUCUUUGUAUGGAUGGGACUCUCCUCUCCAGUUGUAUUACUUUAAAUUCAGCAGCAAGGUUUUUUCCCCUGACUUCAUCUGCAGUUUGCUGUAUCAGAGUAGAUUCCUGUAUCAGUUUCUGGGUGGUUUCUGAAUUGGUAUUCACCUUUUGUCCCAAAUUAUUUAAACUGUCUACAAUUAAAUCAGUUUCAAUAUUUGCAACAUCCAAUUUCACAUUUAUCACAUCUGUUUUCUUAUGGAGUUGUUCCAGCGAAUCGUUUAUUUUCAAUAAUGCAGCCACUAAGGCCUCCUCUGUCGACAUCCCGUCUGUUUUUUCCUUUCCGUUUGCCAUAACACUUAAGAGAUUCAAGGUCAAUUCCAAAGUCUCACACUUUUCUUAUCUUGCAGCUGGAAAUUCCCCUAGCCCAGCACCUAUAAAGUAACCAAUUUCAAAAGCUUCCACUAGGGGAAAACAGGUUGUAUUUGUAUCGGUCAAUAUGUCCUCUUUUAAACACAGUUUCAAUAAUCCGAAGUUAGUUUCAAUUUUCAGUUACUUUCCUCCUUUUUUAAAAACAACCGGAAACAGUAGAAACAAUGUAUUUCUCUUAUUUAGCUAGCUGUCAAUGAACGUUCUAAGCGCUGUCAAUGAACAUUCCAAAAAAAACAAACAAAAAAAACCAUCAGUCUUACUAGCAGCCCGUUUCCAGGGUCAGAGCGGCGGUGUUUUAAGCCUCUUCGCUCUCUCCCGCAGGCAUACUCAAUCCGCAACUUCCCCCUCUCUUCUCCUGCCUCCAAGAGGGGGUUUAAUGUUCUUUACCGUUGGAAAUUUGAUCUUUUACAAAAGACCUUCCAGGACUCCAGCUUGCAACUUUGUUGCCUCAGUCUAUUUACAAAAAGGGAAGGCGGACUUCCUGUUUUGAACCUCCCCGUUACGAUACCAAAUUAAACUUUUAGAGAUCCAAUUCUUCUGUUUCAGCUCUACUCACGGGUAAUUACUUUAAAGUCAAAUUGUCCACAGGAAAAGGUCAGCGCUCUCCAGCAACAGCUAUGCGGCUUCGCUCCGUGGAAGAAGCAGACGAUUCGAUGCACCGCGCCGCUCACCCCACGUCGCUCCAGAGCCCCAAAAACCGGGGUUCCCCGCGAGUGGGGGAGGCGCAAAAGGUGCCCGCCGAAUCCCACAUUCACAGGCUUCUCCUGCCUGUGAUUUUAACGGGUCUCCGCCUUCGCCGUGGCGGCCAGACCCAGAUUUCCACGGAGCAGAUUCCUCCCGGUCAGAGGAAUUCUGCCUUUGCUGGAGGCGCCUCCCCCGGAAGUCCCGCUUAUUGCAUCAUUGUUGACUUAACCAGCUUAUAUUUUGUUUCCCAUUGUAACAAGAGCUUGUACGUUUUUGAAAUCAAUUUUUCUUUGCCUUCUUUGUUUUGCAAAACCAAGUUUCUUAUCUUUCUUAAAUAGUUCAUUUAGCUGAUGGUACUGAAACCACCCCAUUACCCACUCCUGGAAUUCUUCUUGUUUUUUCAGUUUGCAACCCCCCACGAGAGAAUUUUAAUACAUCCCGUAAGUAUCCCAUCCUGCUCUCAUAUUUAAUUCCUGUUGGGCACUUGCCUCCAAUGGAGAUAACCACCAUGGUGUUUUUCUUUCCAAAAUAUCUCUAUAUUGGGUCCAAACACCAUAUAGGCUUCUUAUAACAUGAUUUUAAAAUUCUUUUCAUACCAUAAGUUGGCGUACCACCCAUAACCUUCUAAAUUCAACUGUCUAGUGUUAUUCAUUGUUAGCCAUUCCUCCAACCAGGUUAAACAUGAAGCUUCAUAAUACAAUUUCAGAUCCGACAUCAAGAAUCCACCUCUUCCCCCUGCAUCUAUUAAUAUUUUAUAUUUAAUUCUUGUUUUUUUCCCUUGCCAGAUAGAGAGUUCUUUUUGCCAUUGUUUAAGACAACUCAUUUUAUGUAUUACUGGGAUUGUCUGAAAAAGAAAACUCAUCUCAAGCAAUGCAUUCAUUUUUAUGGCAGAAUUUCUUCCCAAAACUCUAUUCUUACCCAUCUACACAAGUCAAAUUUCAUGCUGUUCCACACUUUAAUGUAGUUAUUUUCACACAACAUUGCAUUUUUACUUGUUAUCCAAAUACCUUUCUACCUUUAAGCCACUCUUUGCUUGUAAUAUUUUAUUUGUUAAUCUAUAUUUUAAACCAACAUUUUUGUUUUAUCCUUAUUUAUAUAAAAACCUACAAGAUCACCAUACUGCUUUAUCAUUUUUAAUACCUUCAUUACAUUUUCCACAUUACAUUUUAAUACCUCCAUUACAUUUGUCCAGAAAAAGAACUACAUCACCUGCAAAUGCCCUUAAUUUAUAAUUUUGUUGCCCUAAUUGGACAUCCUGUACCUCUGUACUUUCUCUUAUCUUUCUACAUAAUACUUCUAAUAUCAAAAGAAACAUACAACAUUCUCCUCCGAAUUACGGUCUUCCCACACUUUCCCCUCCCUCCCUCGGUCUGGAUUUUCUCACCAGAGUUUUCCUUCUCCUGGAUGAGCUUAGGCUGUGGAUCCCUGAGGUGAAGCUUCUGUUUUUGUACUUCCAGUCACUCUUUGCAUAGAGGCACCUUCAUAAUAUGGGGCAGGGCUCCACCAGAUCUCUGCCUUGCCCCUCCUCCUCCUCCUGCAUUUUCUUGCCAGGUCCUUGCACAUCAUUUCUAGCCAUUGAUCUUUGAGUGAAAUCCUCCGUUGUCCGACUUCUGAUGGCACCCAGGUGCCUUUGCCGUAGUUCCGUGUGAACUGCCACUGUUGAAAAGUAUUUGUAUUCAAGGUAUUUGAAGAAGAAUAUUCAGCAGGACUCCCCUUCCUUGGCCUUCAGCAGCUUGGACUCAACAGAUCUCUCACUGCCUCUCAAAUGCAGUGCUGUGCCUCUUGAGCAGCUCCCUUCCCCACAAAGGGGAAUUGCACUGCAGUAUUUCCUAGUGGCUGCUCUUCCUCUUCUGGCAGCUCUUCCAACAGUGCCCCUUGGGCUGCUUUCUCUGAGCCUGCUUUCUCCACCCCCCUGCAGGUGUGGAUGCUGUGCCAGCUGCAAAUACCCCUUCUGGUGGGUCUCAGGCCAAGCUGGCCACAGCUGGGGAGCCACCGCUGGAAGAAGUUAGGGUCCAGGUGUGUGUCCCACCUGAGCGGGGCCAUGAGGCUGGUCCAGUUCCAUCCUAAGGAGUCUGCGGCAGAGCCCCGGAUUGGGCUGGAGAAGGAUGGAGGGGACGUGGUGGACUUGAACGCCUUUGACCCCUCUCUGCCCAGCAACAUGCGCGCCUUCUUGGAAGGAGGAGAUGCAGCCCUCGCUGUUGCUAAAAGGUAUCUGGAGGUCUUCAGGGUCAUAAAAGGACCUGCUGGCUGGUGGAGGGAGGAAGCCAAGAGGAGCAAGAUCUGGGUCAUUAGAGCUGGGGGGGGGGUGGAGGAGGAAGUGGCGGAGAGCUUUCAGAAUAAGUGGAAUGGGAUAGGGCCAAGCAGGGUGGUUUUGUGAAGGGUUCACUGAAGCCUCCACACCAGCAUCGCAGACCCUCAGGCCCAGGCAACGCCCUCGGUGGCCUUGCUUCACACCCUCAGGGAGUGUUUUUGCCUGCCUAGAAGGUGCCUUUGUCUUGAAAUGAACUCUGGUCAUUGCUUGUGCUCGCCUGGGUGCAGGUUUGAGAGGCGCGUGUGAGUGCAUGCAGAAACUUGCUUAAUGUACAAAGGUUGCAUUUGUAUUCAUUGCUGCACCCACUUUUGCCGCUGGCCCCAUCUGCGACUGGCAGGUGGCUCCCCAAGGUUGUUGAGAAGGGAAUGUGGUCCUGAGGCAGAAAAAGGCCCCCACCCCUGCUGUACAAACAAGGCCCAUGCCCAGGGUCUUAAGAGUAGUAUCCAGCGACUGGGUUGCUGUAUCUACCUGAGACAAAGAACAAGAUGGUGCCCCCACCUUUCCUGCCUCGAAGCUGACUGGGCUGGUGCCUCCUGUUACAAUCCUGGCAAGAGGGCAGUGUGUCCUGUACCACACCUGAGGAAGUAGGCUAGCCAUGGGGUGCAGGCAGGCUGCAUGGCACACACAGCUCUGAUCUUUAACUUUGGGGUUGCCAGCAUGACACCCAUGGGCGCAUUGGCACCCUUGAGGUUUUCUCCUGGCACCCACAAAGCCUCUGAUUCUCUCCCCUCCCCCUUGGUUGUGAGGUGGUGAUUAUAUUUUCCUCCCUUUGGUAUGUAGAGCUGAAGGAAGAGCAACAUUUUCCCACUUCUGCUUUCAGCUCUAUGUGCUUUUCAAGGCUCAGAUUAAAUCUGUUGGAUCCAACUUUUACCCAGAUCUCUUGGGAAAGCAAAGCAGGGGCGCACACACUUUCUCAGAGAAGUGUGCACUGAUCCUGGGCAAGGCUGGUAGGGAUGGAACAGAGAGGGUGGUAUCCAUAGCUUUUACUUAGAAAACCAAAUCUGCUCACAGGCAUAAAAAGGUUGGCAAGCCAUCUAACAGGAGGUUACAGGCAGGGGGUUGAGGAGGAGUAACUAGCAGGGCUGUCGGCCACCCAGCAUCUCCUCACUCUGCCUAACGGUAGGGGUGGCUAGUCUGUGAAAAAGGCUUGCCAGGCUUUGGAAACAACAAAGGAGAUUUCAAAACCUGCUUGCAAUGCUGAAGCUGCAGCAAGCUCUCGCUCUCUGCCACCUUGCCUGACACUGUCUGGGGUCCCCACUUGAGAUGCCUCUGUCUCCGUCUUCUGCCCACAGAGCGCAGGAGUCUGGCCAGCAUGUCCUUCCCCGAUCCAAGGUGACCCUGUUGGCUCCUGUCACGAACCCAGACAAGGUGAUCUGCGUUGGGAUGAACUAUGUGGAUCAUUGCCUGGAGCAGAAUGUCAAGAUCCCCAAGGAGCCCAUCAUCUUCAGCAAGUUCAGCAGCUCCAUCGUGGGUCCCUACGACAACAUCAUCCACCCAGCAGAGAGCGAAGUAAAUGGGGCUGGGUUUUCCAAGAAUAUCUGGGGACCCAAGGUUGAAGAAUACUGCAGUGACCCUUCCUUAGCCUAGAAUCCUGAUGGGUUAAGAACAUAAGAGCCUGUUGCAUCAGGCCAAAGGGGACUCAUCUAGUCCAUCAUGCUGUUCUCACUGUGGCCAGCCACAUGUCUGUGAGAAGCCCACAAGCAGGACCCAACAGCAAGACUGCUCUCCCCUCCGUUGUUUCUGAUGUCCAGCUGUGGAGGCAGAGCUUAGCCAUCAUGGCUGGUGCCUUUGAUAGCUUUGACAUAAGAAGAGCUUGCUAGAUCAGGCCAAUGACUCAUCUUUAGUCCACCAUCCUGGUCUUACAGUGGCCAGACGUAUGCCCAUGGGAAGCACACAAGCUUAGUGGUGUCCUAAUUUCACUAGGGGGAUGGCUUGCACAAGAGAAGGUAUGGGAAGCCAGCAUGGUACUUGUGGCCCCAGUGCUACCAGUUGUACCACAAGAAAAGCUUGGCUGCUGGAUCAGACCAAAGACCCAUCUAGUCCAGCAUCAUCUUCUCACAUUGCCCAGCCAGAUGCCUCUGGGAAGCUUGCAAGCAGGACCUGAGGACCAUAGCAGCACUUUCCCCAUGGGCAAUUCCCACCAACUCCGAUAAAUGCCAUGGGUGGCCUCCUGAAGGCAGCAUGGAACAUUGGGAGAAUAGUCCGUCAGGUUCCUGUGUUUUUUCUCCCUGCUGGCCUUGCUAGUCCAGCACUGAUCUCUCAGGUGCCAAGACUGACCUUGCCUGUUCCCUCUUCUAGCAAGUGGACUGGGAGGUGGAGCUGGCCUUCAUCAUUGGGAAGAAAGGAAAACACAUCCAGGUAAGCCAGAUGUCAGCAAUUUGCACCACAUAGGGACCUGUGGUUUUGUUUUGGUCUUAUAGCUCUCCCUUUCCCGGGUGCCCAGGGCAGGGAGCUGCAGAAUUAACACUGCACUGCAGGUCUGCACAUAUCUACUCAGAAGUAAGUUCCAUUGUUUUCUGUGGUAUAGCCAAGUUAGUGGGUGCAGGAUUGUAGCCUAAAAUGGCUGUGUGGUCGGUAUCUAGCACCAUCCAUGUCUUCAAUGCUUUGCAGUUUCAUAAAUAAUAAAAAUUGCCUUGUAAUUUUACCAAGGUGUUCAUAAUCGCAUAACUACUGCUCACGUGACAAAAUUUGGGACUAUGUCCUGAGCAUCCAGUUCCUUCCUGCCAUUUAAAAUUUAGCACAACCUGAUAGUGCAUCAAUCAAAACACCACAGUUCCAUAAAUCAUCUGGUCUUGCAGUGUGAAAGGAAUGCCAUAAAUUGGGACGGAAGCAUCAGCAUUAUAGCCAUUAAAACUAACACAAUAAACACUGCGUCUGAAUGCAGCCCUAGAUUACAUCCCGAGUGGGAAGUAAGGCCUGCCCCCAUUCAGGAAUUUCCAAAGAUUCAUUCAGUGGUAUUUAUUAGUUUAGUAUUACAUUUAUAUCCAACCUUUCCUCCAAGGAGCUCAAGGUGGUGUUCAUGGGUCUCCUCAUUUUAUUCUUGUGCAUAUGAUAACCAGGUUUGAUGUAUAAAAUAUUGUUAAGCACAGGGGAGAGUGAAGAAAGGGUAGAAAAGGAAUAUGCCAGUGCAGAAGUGGGGAGGAGGAGGAGAAUAAAGCCAUACCAUUAGCAAACACAAAAUAGUCUGUUAGUUCCCAUGGCAAUAUUGCUUGAAGUUUACCUAAUAAAGGAAGUGCCCAUUAACCUGUUCUUCUCCAGCCCCCAGUUUCACAGCAAUAUUGUUGCAUCUUGCUUCUCUCCUCCAGGAGUCAGAUGCCAUGAGCCAUGUAGCCGGGUUCACCGUUGCCCAUGAUGUGAGUGCCAGAGACUGGCAGAUGCAGAAAAAUGGAAAGCAGUGGCUUCUGGGGAAGACCUUCGACACCUUCUGCCCCCUGGGACCAGCCCUUGUCACCAAGGAGUCCAUCUCAGGUUUGGAACCAGCAAUGACAUCGCCCCCUUUUUCUUUUUGCCUCCAGGGUUUGAGGAGAGGACAAGCCUGUGUCAGGACCCCUUCCCAGCUGCUCGAGAGUAAAUUUUGCAUCUCCUAGAAUCCUCUUGGGUAACCUUUGAGUCACCUGAGGACCAUCAAGGCUCUCUGACCAAGCUCUGUCCUCUUCCUUCUUCUUUAAUCACUGUUGCUCCUGCCUGCCUUGAUUUCUUGGCCUACUCUUCAUGGUGUAUCCAUCUGUGCAGAGAUGCAUUUUUUUGGUUUGAGGUUGCAGAAAUGUAAUGUCCUUACAAUAGAAGUACAGAUGGGAAAACAUCCAGGGUCACGUGUGCACCACAUGCCUGCAUCCAUAGUCUGAAUAAGUCAUCAGUUGUGCUGACUCAACUACACUGAAAUUUUUUUAAUUGCUGCAGUACUUCAGUGGAGGUGGGUCAAACAUGCCCAGGGGUUCCACAGUAUCACUUGAGUGUUCAUCCUGAUAACGUUCACACGGAGGUGGUACAACAUUGGCGGCCAGCGGUGCUUCUCUUGCACUUUCCAGUGCAGUUUAGAAAAGUGGUGGGAAGGCUUAGCCUUUUAUCUAUGCUGCCUGCUUGUUUUUGUAUUUCUGUACAUUCUUUUAUUCUCAAUAAAAUUGUAUAAAACUUUUUUUGUAAAAAAAAGAAGUGAUGGGAUGAUUGCAUUGCAAAGUGCAGGAUAAUAACCAAAUUUUGUGUGAAUAAACAGCCCAUGUAAAAUAAGGGCAGUUUGUAAGGGCAGUUUUCCACAUUGCCUCACUUCAGCAAGAACAGUCUAAGUCUCAGCAGCUUCCCAGGCCUCUGGACACACAGCCGGCAGGUUUGUUAGCUGGAUGCAUCUCUUUGAUGUAAAGGGGAUGCUGCCAUGGGAACACACAUCUGGACCCACUAGUUCCUACUGGACUGCCGCUGCAUUGCAGCCAGAGGUUUCUAAAGUGCUUGCAGUAAGGUCUGUGCAGUUACGAUGUACAUUAAUAACACAAGUGCCCCGGGGACCCCGCAGUUGAACAGAUAAGACUGCAGGGUUCCAUCGUUCUUCCCUGAUUUAUCACAGAAUACUUUUGUUAGAGCAAAUCCAUAAGGGCCUUAAGAGGAAGUGGCAGAGCAUCUGCUUUGCAUACAGAAGGUCCCAGGUUCAGUCCUCAACAUCUCUAGGUAAGGGUGGGAAUGACCCCCUCUGAACCCCUGGAGAGCCCCUGCUGGUCAGGAUAGGCAGUACUGAGCUAGGUGAACAUAGGGAAACUUCUGUGGGAUGUCUCAUGUCAGUAGAGCAUGAGACGCUCAAUUACAGGGUCAUGGUGUUCAAGCCCCACUCUAGGCAAAAAGAUUCUUGCAUUGCAAGGAGUUGGACUAGAUCAGAGGUUUUCAACCUUUUUGAGUCCAUGGUUCCCUUAACCAACUACGUUCUUUCUGAGGCACCCCUGUGGAACUCAGGAGCCCAGUUAUGUCACCCCUUGCCUGCAGAACUGGCAGCCCUUCACCAUUUUUCCAAACACCCUCCCUUGUGGAGUGUUCCCUCAGCCUCCUCCCCUCUUCCCUCUCCUUGGGAGUGCUCCAGGCAGCUGCUGCUGCUGCCCCUGAUCUCUGAGCUGCCCCCCUGCCCCAAAGAGAGGUGCCGCCCAGAAGCACCAUUUGCCUGUGGAGCUUAUAGCCAGGACUGCUGCAAUAAACAGCUGUGCAAGCCUUUGGGAGGCAGAGAUGCAAAAGAGCAUCAGAAGAAGGAGGGAAAGAAAGAGGGACAGAGGCCAGUGUUGCCCGCGGCACCCCUGACCAUCAUUCAAGGCACCCCAGGGUGCCACGGCACACUGGUUGAAAAGCACUAGACUAGAUGACCCCUGUGGUUCCUGCCAACUCUGCAAUUCUAUGAUUCCUGUGUUUCCAGAAGGAUGCCCCAUUUUCAUAAAUGCUGUACCUUCUUUUUUGUGUGUGAUUUCAUGUUGCUCUCCUCUUGUUGCUACCAACAGACCCCCACAACCUGGGCAUCCGUUGUCGAGUGAAUGGGGAGCUUGUCCAGAACAGCAGCACCAGCCAGUUGAUAUUCAAGACGGAGGCACUUGUUGCAUGGGUUUCCAAGUAGGUGCUCUCCAUGACCCCCAUCUCCUCCUCAACUACUGUUGACUAUGCUCUGGUAACCUUGAGGUUAGAUUACUGCAAUGCGUUAUAUGUAGGGCGGCCUCUGAUGACAGUUCAGAAACUUCAACUGGUAUAGAAUUCAGCAGCUGGGUUGCUCACUGGGGCAAGACGUUGUGAGUCUAUUACAUCAAUCCUAGCUGCCAAUUUGUUUCCAGGCCUAAUUCAAAGUGCUGGCUUUGACCCAUAAGCCUUAAAUGGCUCAGGACCACAAUAUCUCAAGGACCGCCUUUCUCCAUAUGAACCUACCCAGACCCUGCAUUCAUCCUCCGAGGCCCUUCUUCGCGUGCCUCCUCCGAAAGAGGUCCAGAGGGUGGCAACACGAGAACAGACCUUUUCUGCAGUGGCCCCCUGCUUGUGGAAUGCUCUCCCCAGGGAAGUUCGCCUGACGCCUUCAUUAUACACCUUUAGGCGUUGGGCAGAAAUGUUUCUUUAACUGGGCCUUUGACUGAUUGACAACCAAUGUCAUUUUAAAUGUGUUAUGGGACGGGGAGGGGUGGCUAUUGGUUUGUUUUGUUCUUAUACUUGUUCUUAAUAUGCAUUUUGGGCUUUUAUCCAGUAUUUUUAUAUUGUGAACUGCCCUGAGAUCUACAGGUGGUAUACUGUACCAAAUUAAUGACUGCAUUUUUCCUUGUAUAAGACUAUAUUUCCCCCCCUAUUUUUUCAAGUUUAAAAUUGGGGGUCAUCUUAUACACGGAUAGUGCAUAUGGGGGAUUUCUUUAUUUGGAGUCUCAAAACAUAGGGGUUGUGUUAUACACGGGGGCGUGUUAUACAUCAAAAAAUACAUUAAGUAUGCCUUCAGUAUCCCUAGAACGUCUCCAACCUCUCCCCCCCCCCCCAUUGUUGAGCCUGGACACUGAGGUCCACCUCCGAGGAUCUUCUGGCAGUUCCCUCAUUGUGAAAAGUGAAGUUCUGGGGAACCAGGCAGAGGGCCUUCUCAGCAGUGGCACCUUCCCUGUGGAAUUCCCUCCCAUCAGAUGUCAAGAGAAGGAACUACACAACUUUUAGAAGAUAUCUGAAGGCAGCCUUGUAUCAGGAACUUUUUAAUGUUUGACGUUUUAGUAUGUUUUUAUAUGUGCUGGAAGCCGCCCAGAUGGGUGGGGUAUAAAAAAAUAAAUUUUUAGUAAUAAAUCUUGCUCUGGCCUGUUUUUGGCAGGUUCGUCACCCUGUACCCAGGAGACGUCUUCCUCACGGGGACUCCCCCGGGUGUUGGAGUUUUCCGGAAGCCCCCCAUCUUUCUCAAGGUGAGCCCUGUUCCCAAUUAAUUUGUAGGCUCUGCCAGCAUCUUCCCUUGUUUGCGCUCUUUCGAUUGGAGGAUUGGCAGCAAAAUGCUUAUUUUCCCUUUGUAGCAUUUUGACAUUCUGAACAAGGCAGCAGCUGUGGGGUCAUCCCAUAAAGCCAAUAGACUGGCCCUUCAGUCCUAUGGCCUCUGGCUGGGCAUUGCAAGGGCCACAGGAAGGCACCAGACCUUCCUCUCUGAGGGCCAAGAGAUGUUUGACCUUGGAGAGGCCGAUCCCUCUGCCACCAUGGGACUCCCCCCCCCCCCGUGCAUUGUUUGGGGAGCAGAUGCCUCCACCGUGGGGCAUAAUGCUUAUCACAGGGUGGAUCCAGCACCUCCUGUUCUCUCAACACUGGAGAGAAAACUCAGUUGUAUGUUGGAAGAUUCAGCACAAAGAAAAUAAUGUCCUCCUUUGCACAGUGCAGAGUUAAAUGAUGGGACUCACUCCCAAGAGGCAGUGAUAGCCAACAAUUUAUCAAGGGCUAGUGGCCAUGACGGCUAUGUUCUGUGUCCACUGUUGGAGAAAGUUUGCCUCUAUGCCAGUUACUUGGACAGACAAGUGGGGCGAGUGCUGCUGUUGCCCUUGGGUCCUGUGAGGACAAGAUUCUCGACUAGAUGGGGCCCCUUUGGGGUGUAGUGAAUCCCCCCUUAUUCUCAGUGAGAGGGAAAUAACUGUACUGCAGGUGGGGCUGGGGCAGGAAUGGAUGCAAAGCUCAUCUGCCUCCACUUGUGCCCUGCUGGCAAGUGCCCAGCAGAGUAUGUGGUGGUUCAUCCAACUUCACCUCCCCACCCUUAACAAAAUAAUGCAUCUUUACCCUACAGAUGCUCUAUUAGCAAUUGGCAACAGCAUUUAGAGACGGCAGUCAAAGCCCCUAUUAAGGGCUGAAAACCCAAAUAAACUUAAAUAAAGUUGGUUUUUAUAAGGAAAUGUAGCCAUAUCAAAUACUUUGGGGGUGGGGUUGGGUUUUUUUUAUAAUAUGCAUUUAAAAUUGCAUGUUUAUGAUACAGAAACAUGCAUUUUGAUUUGUAAAGAAAAAAUGGGAACAUAAGCUUUGGAGAUGGGGUGCUGCACAAGCUGGAAGUCUGCUAUGGUCUCCUGUGUCAGUGUUAAAUUGUUAUUGCAACUUAAUGUAAGAGCUGCUGUAAUUCUCUUGUACCACAGAGGGGAGAUGAAGUGCAGUGUGAGAUCGAUGAGUUGGGAACUAUCCGAAACAAGGUGGCAUGAUGGCAUCCUGCUGCAUCCCUUCAGGUCCCCUGGCCCUGCACAGCCGCAACAGCUCUACUUGAGUCUCCUAAUCAAAUCCAAUCACGAGAAUAGAUUAAGGGAUUUCUGGAAUUAAGGGAACGGGGAUGACUCCUCCCGGGAGUCUCAAGAAGACGCAGCCUGGAAAAACUGGUUCAACAGCACUGCAAUUCCUGGGCACCAUCUCAAUGAAGAGACAUGAAGGUGAGCCUGAGUCUUGCCUUUCCUCUGCCAACCAGUAAGAGGGAGGUCAUUCAUCGUCUCUGGUACAGAACAGGCUACAGUGGUGGGUUUCCCCUUUGUAUUACAGAACUCUCUAGAUUGUUCACUCACAAUAAAGCAGCUUCUAUUAAACUAAUUGGGGGUUUGGAUUAA